UCGUCUAGACAAAAAGAUGACACGGAAGCAAGCGUACAGGCCACCGACACUUACGAAGUUCCGAGAGGUCGACGCCUGGAGUUGAGAGUGUGUGUGCGCGCCCGCGCAAUGGCGAUGCCCGGAAGUAGCACUACGCAUGCGCGUGUGUGGUACACAGUGGCCAGGAUGUGUGUUUCCUCAACAGCAGAAGACAACGAUUCUUGUUUCGUAAAAGGUGCAGUUGCAGUGGAUACGCGCUGCUCGAGACAUCAGAUUGUAUAACGUGGGGAGAGCAGCGCUGUGCUAGUCGAGCUGUCAUCACUGACGACAGAAUUAUCAUGUCAAUACUUCGAGAGACGGCCUGGUAAUAUUUGAAGCGAUGUCAGUGUCGUCUGUAACGGACAUCGGAGUAACUCUGAACAGUGCAGUGAAGAAGGUUGUUAAAUCUUUGACAAGGUAAGAGCCUAGACUGAACACCCAAUCUGCAAUAACCGUUUCAAACACAUCCUGGUAGUUCCGACGACGAAAGUUUCCAGUUUGUUUUACUGAGGAGGGGGAGAGGAGCUGAAGGCAUCAUCAAUCCAGAUAAUUACGCCGACGAUAAAGGGGAGUCAGUAAGGCUUUAAGCCUCUGAGAAGGAUUAUUUCCAGUAAGAGAUCUUGGAGAAACACCAAGUGACAGGCGGUUCCUUGUCUGGAAAGAGCGUUCUACUCAAAAGGACACGUAGCUGGUGUAUCCUGAAGUCCAUCACUCAUUACAUCUCAAGUUUGAUCGUCUUAGAAGCAAUGAAGUUAAGGAAAGUAAUGGUAACCCCGCUUAUGGUUGGCUGGAUUUUGUUGCUACAUCUUCCAGCGGGCAACACUUGCAGUGGAACCACGUGCGGGCAAUGUAUCACUUCCGGUUCUGAGUGCGCCUGGUGCGCAGACACGAUUUUUAAAAACUCUUCGUCCAGCUCACGUGACCGCUGUGCCUCUCACAAGGAACUCUUUGAAGCAAACUGCACCCAGAUCCAAAACCCUCGCAAUGAGGAGGUCAUGAGCUACCGACAGGAUCGGCAAGUGACAGAUGGAUCGGACGGGACAGGUAAUGAUGCCAUACAGCUGCAGCCACAGGCCAUGAGGGUCCGGAUCAGACCGAAUGAUGAAUUCCGUACUCGUGUGACAUUUCGUCCUGCCAACAACUUCCCCGUGGACCUGUACUUUCUGUUCGAUGUGUCUCGCACCAUGAACGACUCCAUUGAAGAACUCUCUAAGCUCGCCAGCGACAUAGCUGAAGAGAUUAACAGCAUCUCCACAAACUAUCGAAUGGGGUAUGGGACUUUCCAAGACAAAGUCAUCUUGCCAUUUACCAACACUCACCCUGCGAAGUUGGCGAACCCAUGUACCCAAAGGGAGCCUUGUAGCCCCGCGUUCUCCUUCCGACACGAGCUGCCCAUGACCAAAGAUUUGAAGAGCUUUGCGAAUGCAGUAAAGCAAUCGCACAUCACGGGCAACAUCGACAGACCGGAAGGUGGCCUGGACGCCAUGAUGCAGGCCAUCGUGUGCAAGACGGUUGGCUGGAGAGAAAACAGCAGGCAGCUGAUUAUUUUUGGAUCAGAUGCUCGCAUGCACUUUGCUGGAGACGGAAAGCUGGCGGGUCUGGUUACCCCCAACGAUCGCAGCUGUCACCUUGACGACGGAAAAAUUGAUUCCAAGGCGGAAGAACAGGACUACCCAUCAGUCGGACAAAUUGCUUAUGAGCUUGAUCGCUCGAAAAAGUUUGUCAUCUUCGCCGUCAGCAAACCCGUCUACCCCGAGUACCAGCGGCUGCAGACGCAGGUGCCGCGGUCGUCGGCAAACAUUUUGCAGACUGGGAAAGAUUCUAAUGUUGUGCAGAUCGUCCGUGAUACUUACAGGAACAUGACAAAAGGAGCUGAACUGGAAUACAAAACUUCUUCUGAACUCCUCGAAGUCAGGAUUGAACCACAGUGUGCAAAACGAGAGGGAAAGCGCUGUACUGAGGUGACAAUUGGACAACCGAUCGAUUUUGUUAUUUACAUACGGGUACUUUCCUGCCCUAAGAGAGAGUCAGAUCGAAUUCAAACGGUCAUAGUAGCACCCAGCGACUUUCUGCAGGAUCGCCUGAACAUCACCGUCGAAAUCAUCUGCAACUGCGGGUGCGAGAUCAACGCCACUCGGACACCCAGCGAUGAGUGUAGCUAUGGCAACGGCACGCUGGUGUGCGGCGUGUGUGACUGUGACCCGGGGCGGUCGGGUAGCACGUGUGAGUGCGGAGUGAAUGAGGAGGAGGAACAUCUGGAGGACAACAGCUGCACACCAGGCGGCAAUUCAUCGGCGGUACCCGAGUGUAACGGCCCGCAGGUAGGACGCUGCGUGUGUGGCGAGUGCAUCUGUAACCCCGGCUACAGCGGCCGCUACUGUGAAUGUAACGACAUGGCCUGCGCCGCCUCCGAGAACGGCAAGGUGUGCGGAGGUAACGGGGCGUGUCGCUGCGGCAAGUGCGAGUGUGACGUCGACUACACUGGACACACCUGUACAUGUCCACUGUCCAACUCCACUUGCAUCGACACCAGCAACACAGCUGAUAAGGUCUGUUCCGGCCAUGGAGUGUGUGAGUGUGGAAGCUGCAAGUGCGAGCGCGGCUACAGUGGAAAAUACUGCGCCGAGUGUCCUCUCUGUGGAAAGACGGUGUGUGAAGUCAACUGGGAGUGCGUUCGCUGCAACAUCGACAAGCCCGACGCUCCAGCAUGUCCAGAAAAUUGUCCUCCGGUGACCAAAGUUCUCGACAUCGACGGCAGCACUCCGGGUGUUUGUCCAGAGCACAUUGACUCUUGCCUCAUCCACUAUUCCAUUCAAGACACCGAAGGCAACAUCACCAUUCGUAUGCAAGACCAACCUGUUUGCCCGAAAGACAUCAACCUGUGGAUUGUGGUUGGAGGUGUGGUAGGGGGAGUGGUGUUGGUGGGGCUGCUGCUGCUGAUGCUGUGGAAGAUCUUGACGCUGAUGUUCGACAAAAUGGAGUAUGCGCGCUUCGAGAAGGAACUUCAGAAACCCAACUGGGCCAGGGAAAACAACCCUUUAUACAAGGAGGUUACCACCACGUACCACAACCCUACCGUCGAUCCGGGACCUGGCACGGAAGACUUUUGACAUUUCCGGGGAGACGAUUGAUUCAUUCAGGCUCACAAUCAUUGUCCGAAGCAGUGCGAUUGUAUUUUACGUGCGUGCGUGUGUCUGUGUGUGUGCAUGUGUUCGACAUUAUUCGGAUUAUGCCGCAGUUCUUUGAUCGUCCUAGAACAACCACUACAGAGAAGAUUAUAAAAAAGUUCUUUGUUUGUUUGUUUGUUGUUUGUUUGUUUGUUUGUUUGUUUGUUUUGGUCCAUGAGGGGUGCAAGAAACAUCUAGCGUGAAGCUGCGCUGCCUUUCAAAUUCAUGUCACUUGAUUUAUUUCCAUGUGGAAUACAGUACAUGACCACUUUUUGUAAGAUCGUGCAUGUUGGUAUGUAUCUGUCUAAAUAUUAGACCUUGUGCUGGUCUUAUAAAGACAGCUACACUGACGUGAGUGUUCUUAAAAGGUGUUUGGGAAUGUGGAGUAAUAUUAAAAUAUAAGUGCACUUAGUCAUAUGAAAGGUUUUACCCACAUACAUAAAACACACACACAAGCGCAUGCUCACACAUGUAUUAUUAAGAUGUCUCAUCCAAAUUCUAUUAACAUAAACUGCCUUGCACAAUUAUGCUAGUAUGUAAUGUCUUUAAUAAGUUGUACAGCUACAUAUAGAAUUCGUAAACGCUUCAGAAUAUUUUUAUGAAACAUUUAAACAUGUACGUGUGUGUGUGCAGAAAUAUAACUGAAAUUUGAAAUAUGAUCUUGUAAAGUUCUAUAUGCAUUGUACUACUUUCCCGUUUAACUUUGUCUUUAUUUUGCUGCUCAUGAAUGAUCAGUUAUGUGCCAAAUCUUAUGACAGUCUAUGUCAGUAGUUGGUCUUAAAGUAUUGUAUUUAGACUAAUGUAUUAUUCAGAGUGUACCUUUGUGUUAUGGAUUAUGUACGGAUUGUUUUUGUGAAGGCAGUAGAUGUAUUUGCUGUAUCAUAAUCUUCUGUCAUAACUACUGCUUAAUGUCUUCUACGACAGUCAUAAUUUGCUUUGUAUGGACUAUUGUAACCUGUGGAGAUAAUGUUUAAUACUUGGGUGAUAACAAGUACACCGGUAAUUCAAUGUGUGGGUGCGUGCGUGUGUGUGUGUGUGUGUGUGCUGCCAUAUCUUUAGCGGAUCCUUCCGAAGCAUUCUUAAUGCCUGAACUGUUUGUUUUCUGUCAUGUCAUUUUAUGUAUGUGAUAUUUACUAUCAGAUUUUCACCCAGCAUCGCUCUGUUGGGUGCAUAUUAGCGACCGCUGCCCACUGGUCUGAAACUAAUAUUAAAGUUGGCGAGUGUUCAUAGUGGAAUUCCUGAGGCAAUACUAUUCAAACAUUUUGAAGACACACUCACUGUAUUUCGAUUUUUUUAACUGUCAGUGUAACAUGCUUUUUGCUAUCUUGAAAUGCUUUAGUUCUCCGAAGUUAAAACUGAGGAGUAAGAUUUUAGUCUGAAUAUAUUUCGUUUUUUUUUUUAAAGAGCUAGUGAUAGUAUGGCUGGCUGGCAGCUUAAGCAGGCAGAGAUUAUCGAGUAAUUGUAGAUACAUGCUAAUUAUUAUACAACCUUUUACUCAUCCCCCAUUAUCUGACUUUCGGCAUUGGAUCUUUCUCAAUAAAUAUUCGUCUCUGCGUCAGUAUUUUCUGCAUUGCCUUAGUUCUUCCUGUUUUCCGGCAUUAAAAGUUCAGCUAUUAACAAUAAAACGCUUUUUAAAUUGGGA